CCCGGAACCUGACGCCUCAUUUCGCCCUUCUUUUUCCCGAUCCGAGUCGCAUCGGCCUGUCUCUUCGUCCGCCUUCCCUCCACCCCCGCAUCCAUAACCGUCGAAUAAUCCUCUCCUCUUCCGCCUUCCCCUUCCUCGUCCCUUCACCGCCGCGUCCCUCGCUACGAGCCCCACAAUCCGCGCCCCUCGCUGCGAACCCCACACGCCGCGUCGCCAUGAGUCUCUUCGGCGACUUGCCUCCGCCGUCCGCAGCGCCCAAGCCAGCGAAUCCCCCUAUCCCUUCCCCUGCUGCCUCUCGCAAACCCAGCGGCGGAGCAGUCGGCGCAAUCGGCGCAGGCGCUGGCGCAGUUGCGCCGAAGCCGUCUGCGCUCAAGUCGUCGCUCAAGGGGAGCGCUGAAGUGCGCGGGGGAGAGGGGGGGAAACGUGUGAGCGCGGCGGGUGCGGAUGGGGGCCCGGAAGGGGGAUCGGGGGAAGGCGGAAAGACGAGGAAGCGCGUGGGAGUGGCACUGGCGGAAGAGGCAGAUGGCGACGCCCCAUCUCGCCGCCGGGUGCGCUUCCACACGUUUGCUGAGGUGGCAGAGGACAAGGUGACGUCGGCAAUCGCCAAGAUCGCUGCCCACAUUGGCACGCCGGCCAAGUUCAAGAAGGCGGCCGGCCUCGCUCGGCAGCUUCUGGAGGGCGGCGCACUGAACAGUGACCAAACCGGCAUGAACAGUGCAGUGAACAGUACCCAUGCGGCUCAGUUCUUUGGCCUCUUCUCGCCGCGCCAGCAGCAGCAGGUGGACGUGUGGGGGCUGCGCACCGCGCUCAACAACUCCCUGCGAACAGACGACAGCUUCCAGUUCUCCAAGGCUGUGUCUCGAGUCCAGCAGCAGGUGGAGCAACUACCUGAAGCAGUAGAGGAGGAUGAGAGGGAGGAGGCCGGUGUGUUCCGUGGGGUGGCGAUGCAAGUGGAGGGGAGGGAGAGGGGGAUGGAGGGAGAGAAGCAGGGAGAGAUCGAAGGAGAGAAGGGGCAAAGGGAGGAGGGGGAGGAGGAUAAGAAAGGAAAGAGAGGCAAUGAUCCCUUUGGCCUACAUGGUGCAGUAGAUGGUGCAGUAGAUGGUGCGGUAGGCGGUGCAGAUCCUGCUGAUGGUGCAGAUCCCUUUGGCCUUGAUGCUAUGUUGGGGAUGAGUGGGGGAGUGGGAGGGGGAGAAGGAGGAAAGGGAGAGGGAGAGGAGGAGGAGCAGGAGGAUCCAUUCGGGCUGGGAGAGAUGAUAGAGAGGAAGAGGGCGACGAGAGAGGAGAGGAGAGAGGAGAGGAGGGAGGAGAGGGAGAGGAGGAGGAGGGAGGAGGAGGAGGAGAGGCGGCGAGGGGAGGAGGAGGAGAGGGGGUUGUUGAGGGAGAGGAGGGAGGCGCUGCUGCUGUGCAUUCAGACGGCCACCGAGAUGUACAGGCACAAGUGGGCGCAGACAGCCAUCGACAUGCUGGCCCAACACGCCUAUGACCACAGGAAACGCUUCACGGCCCGGCAGCAGGCAGCGAUCGAGGCGUUCUGGGGCAGUGUGAAGCAGCAGCAGCACGAGAGGAAGCACGGGGCGAGCAGGGGGGCAGGGGGGCGGCUGGAUGUGACGGCCUUCGAGCGGCUGCAGAGGCACUAUGAGGGGGAGGCGAUAAGCAUCAGGAAGGGCGUGGGGGUGGAGGAGGUCGAAGCACGAUUACCUGGCUGGGGUGAGUUGUAGGAGAAGCAGUUUAGUUGUAGCGGGCUAGAAACCCAAGCAAGAUGGGGGAAGAAGAACCCAGUUGAGUAGAUGUAUACCGUACACACUACAGACGCAGUGUUGUGGAUUUAAUGACAAAACACGGGGUUCAGUGCAUGCAAUCUCCUGGAAACUCGCUUAUGUGUGUCGGAGCAUUGCACACAUGCUCGCAUAGUCGAGAAUAUGUUUUAUAGCGGAUAUUAUUGGGCUCGGUACAGUGAAACCGAGUGACAUGACAUAUUACAUUCUGUAGUGUCGAUGUUCGAGGUGUCAAAUAUAUGUAUAACUCAUAU